UCGUCACAGUUUUUAAGAAGACGAAUGUCUAGAUAUUUAAGAGAAAAUAAGUCUAGAUAUUUACAAGAACAUAAGUGUAUAUAUUUAAGGGGACACAAGCCUAGAUAUUUAAGGGGACACAAGUCUAGAUAUUUAAAGGGACACAAGAUUAGAUAUUUAAGAGAACACAAGCCUAGAUGUUUUAGGGGACAUAAGUCUAGAUAUUUAAGGAGACAUAAGUCUAGAUAUUUAAGGGGAUACAAUUCUAGAUUUUUAAGGGGACAAAAUGGACACAAGCCUAGAUAUUUAAAAGGACACAAGACUAGAUAUUUAGGAGGAGACAAGACUAGAUAUUUAAGUGGACACAAGCCUAGAUAUUUAAGACAACACAAGUCUAGAUAUUUAAGAGGACACAAGCCUAGAUAUUUAAGACAACACAAGUCUAGAUAUUUAAGACAACACAAGUCUAGAUAUUUAAGAGGACACAAGCCUAGAUAUUUAAGAGGACACAAGCCUAGAUAUUUAAGAGGACACAAGCCUAGAUAUUUAAGACAACACAAGUCUAGAUAUUUAAGAAGACACAAGACUAGAUAUUUAAGACAACACAAGUCUAGAUAUUUAAGAGGACACAAGCCUAGAUAUUUAAGACAACACAAGCCUAGAUAUUUAAGAAGACACAAGACUAGAUAUUUAAGACAACACAAGUCUAGAUAUUUAAGAGGACACAAGCCUAGAUAUUUAAGAGGACACAAGCCUAGAUAUUUAAGAGGACACAAGCCUAGAUAUUUAAGAGGACACAGGCCUAGAUAUUUAAGAGGAGACAAGACUAGAUAUUUACGAAGACACAAGACUAGAUAUUUAAGAGGACACAAGACGAGAUGUUUAAGAGGACACAAGUCUAGAUAUUUAAGAGGACACAAGUCUAGAUAUUUAAGAAGACACAAGGCCAGAUGUUUAAGAGGACACAAGACUAGAUAUUUAAGAGGACACAAGUCUAGAUAUUUAAGAAGACACAAGGCCAGAUGUUUAAGAGGACACAAGACUAGAUAUUUAAGAGGAAAACCAGCUAAGAUAUUUAAGAGGAGACAAGUCUAG